AUGCGAGGCCGCAAAGAAACCAGAGGAGAUGAACCUAGAACAAAGACUGUCAUUGGACUACUAAAAUCCUUUGGUCUUUAUACAACCUGCACUGAACCUACGAGAGGACCAUCCUGUCUCGACAACAUCGCCACCAACUUCACUGUGGAUGAGAGAGGGACCAAAGUUGUGGACCCGGGUGGGAAUGAUCAUGCAGCCCUGGUAAUGUCCGUCAGUCAACCGAACAGUGAGGAUAGAUUUAGGGAAGAUAAUGAGGUCGCAACUUGGAGGAUGUACUUAGCUCUUAAGAAACUGUACAAAGGAAGGGUGGAGCUAGCCAAGAAAGUUUAUAAUGCCAAGUGUAUUGAGGAGGCCCCAAAUAGGUGCAAGGCUGCCUGGGACCUUGUGAAUAUCCACCGUACAACACCCAAACGUGAGGUUGUUUUUGCCAGCCCGGACGACUUUAACAACUUUUUCUGCGAUUCUGUGAGGGACAUCGUUGAUCGCCUGCCCCCAUGCUUAAUCGAUCCGGUUGACAUGUUGGCAGACAGAGUUCCGACUCAAGACAACCUGCGAUUCAAUACCUGGAGACUUACCACUCCUGAAUCCAUCAAGUCUAUUGUAGGAAGCUUCAAACCCUCUACCAGCCAGGAUGUCUAUGGUAUGUCCCCUAAUCUCAUCAAGACAAUUAUUGAUGAAAUUGCUGCUCCCUUGUCCUUUUGUAUUAAUGAAUGUCUUGAUAUGGGGUUUUUUUCCGAUAGCCAGAAGGUCUCGAAAACUGUUCCUGUGUUCAAGAAGGGGGAGAUGACAAGCCUUUCAAGCUACAGGCCAAUUUUUAUAGUACCCGUUUUUGGUAAGGUGAUGGAGGCGGUUAUUAAACCCCAGGUGGAGAAUUUCUUUGAGGGAAACAGACUGCUCACUGAAAUGCAAUUUGGUUUUCGCCGUGGAAAAUCUACGGCUGCUGCUGUAGCUGCAGUGGCAGAACGAGUCAGUGCUGCUUUUGAAGACCAUCGCUCUACUGCGCUUACUCUCUGCGAUCUGAGCCGUGCCUUCGACACUGUGUCUCAUGAGGUGCUCCUGAAGAAGCUCUCCUUCUACGGGCUGGACGGAGUCGUGCUAUCUACCCUUCGAUCCUACCUUCUAGAUCGUACACAGCUUGUGACUUUGGCAGGUGCCUCCUCCUCUUGCAGAGCAGUAGAACAUGGAGUUCCUCAGGGAUCCAUUCUGGGACCACUUUUAUUCAUAAUUAUGAUGAAUGACCUGGAUGAUGAUGGCGGUACCCUCCUCUUUGCUGACGACACCACCCUCUUGUCAUCCGGUUCAAAUCUUCGGGAAAUAAAUGAAGAUAUGGAGCUUCGACUGCGGAACGCUUCAGCCUGGUUUGUAGCAAACCGUUUCCAGCUUAACCCCGACAAGACCCAGAGGAUGGUCUGCAGUCUGGCUCAUAUUCCUCCUGUAGACCAGAACCAAGUGAAGCUUUUGGGGAUUGUGUUGAACAAUAAGUUAUGUUGGGAUCAGCACAUCGACCAAACUAUAAACAGACUCUCUCGUGUCUGCGCCCUUCUUCUGAAGCUGAGAUCUUUUGUGACUGAGGACUACCUGAAAAUGGUCUACUUUGCCUUGUUCCAUUGCCACGUUACAUAUGGACUGCUUCUGUGGGGACAUUCUCCAGGCACAGUGGAGAUUCUCACGAUGCAGAAAAGGGCCUUAAGAAUCAUCACCUUUAGUGACGGACGGGCUCAUGGUAGGCCCCUUUUCAAGAGACUGGGAAUACCUACUGUCUUUGGUCACUACAUACUCCUGUGCCUUCUUCAUGUUUGGGAUAAACAUAGAGACCUUACAUCCCGUGCCAUGGUCCAUUCCUACAACACCAGGCAGAGAAACAUGCUGGAUGUUCCCCGUGUUAGGCUUUCUAAGACAGCUGCUACCUAUCAAAUUCAGGGUCUUAAGUUCUUCAACAAACUGCCGAUGGCCGUUAGGGACUGGAAAAGAGGUUAUCUUAAGGACAAGCUUAUGUCGCUAAUGAAAGAGAGAGCCUACUAUAGCAUCUCAGAGUUCAUGACCGAUAAGGAGAUAGCAAACAUACGGCAUGACAGAGAUACAGUAGGCACAGGCAAGUCGCGUGGAGGUGGUGUAUUGUUGGCGGUUCACCGUCGGCUGCAGGCCACACAGCUGACUGUAGCUGACCACCUGCUGCCAGUCAGCAUCGACUCUCUCUCACUUGUAGUGCGCGUACCUUUAUCUAAUUUCCUACUUUACCACAUCAACGCAAUUAUGAACGCAUGGGUGGAGAUAGGAAUCGUGAACAGAGUGGGUUCGUGUCAUCAUCUACUUGGACGACUGGAGAUGACAGGUGGUACAAAGCUCAAUCUAGCGAUGUUAGCCCAAACGUUGUUAAUCGUCCAAUCCAAGUUUCAAAAGUGA